AACAAGCCCAUGUAUCUACUUACGAUGUAAUUAAAUUUACAAAUAAAAAGAACAUAUCACUCUGGCGGUGUCACUUACUUAAAGAGAUUGGCAGGAUCAGAAAGGAAUAAAGAGACAGUAUUAAAAUAGUAUACUAUACAGUGCCUUGUUCACAUGCUGUUUGGAAAUAUGAAGACCGCUGUAGCAUUGUUUGUCGUGACAAGCCUUGUGUCGGGAGUUAAUGCAAGAGCUUGCUGCAAUGAUGGCUGGAUACCAUAUAAAGGUCAUUGUUACCACAUUGCUUAUGGGACGCUUCUUACAUUUUCUGAGGCACGGGCGUACUGCCACGAUCGUGGAGCUUACCUUGUACGGCUUGAAACGUUUGCUGAACACACAUUCUUGGCAGGAAUUCUAAGGACAACAAAGGCUGGAGAUAUGUGGAUUGGAUUGACCGACAAGAGUCACGAAGGGAUCUGGAGAUGGUUUGACACACACGAGCAUGCUACAUUCUCUGACUGGGGAAAAGGGGAGCCCAACAAUGCUCAUGGUGCUGAAGAUUGUGUACACUUUAGUCCCGGUCGGGGCUACAAGUGGAACGAUGUGCCAUGCAGUUUUAAAUUUAGACCAUUGUGCGAAACUGAAUUCAGAUAAAUUGCAAACAUUAAUGAACAAAAUUUGUUACUUGUUUAGUUAUUAUUUCAAGUGUAUAUAAUAUAUACAUACAAAUGUAUUAACAAAGAACUGACAAGUUCAUAUUUCACAAUAGCAGGUAUCGAAUGCCUUGUGGCAGCUGUAUAAAGUUGCACAUUUUGUUUCAUUCAAGGGUUGUUAUAUUUGUUCUUGGCUUUCUUGAUCAUUGUCUCAAGUACAUUAAGUAUUAAAGUAGUUCUGUACAUUCAUA